AUGGCAUACGGACACGUACCACGACCGGCGGGCUCCAACGCGGCCGACCUCAAGCCGCGCCUGUACGCGCUGCCCCAACGGGCCAGGACCGAGGAGCGCGCUGCCGUCGUCUGCGUUCCCUUUAGCGGCGACGGCGCCGCCUCGCAGCCAGAGUACGAGGCGGCGGGUGGCAAGCUCGCCCUGCAGCCGCCGGGUGCGCUCGUCGAGCUGCUCGCCGACGUCUUUAUGGCCGAACUGGAGCGCGGCGUCACCUACCCGCAGCACGGCCCGCUAACGCUGCAAGAGUUCCGCGACUACUUCCUGGGCUACGACUUGAUUGUCGCCUUCUUCCUUCCCGCCUCGGCGCUCCGCUCCGCGCCGAUCCCAACGACGGGCGAGACGGUGCCGCUGUCGCACCUCACGACAUCGCUGUCGGCGCUCGACUUCCGCCACGCCCUCGCCGGCUUCUACUACAUCAAGCCCAACUACCCGGGCCGUUCGUCGCACAUCUGCAAUGCCGGCUUCGUCGUGCCGCCCUGGAACCGCGGCCUAGGCCUCGGCGGCGUGCUAGGCCAGUCGUUCCUCCAUUUUGGCCCCAGGGCCGGCUACCGAGCCAGCGUCUUCAACCUCGUCUACGAAAACAACGUAGCCAGCGUCAGGAUCUGGCAGCGCCUCGGCUUCCAGACUGUCGGCAAGAUUCCAAAGGCCGGACUGCUCAAGAGGGCUGAUGGCCAGGGCGAGGAGUUUGUCGACGCCUUUGUCAUUUACAAGGACCUCGUCGAGCAGGGCGGCGACGACGACCGCGAUGCGGCGGGCAAGAAGGUCGAGGACGGAUCGACGCCGGCGCUCUAG